UACUCCGACAUUUAGCGACACCUAUCGGAAGAUUAAAUGUCAAAAAACUUGUGGGGAAAUGUUUUGGUUGCAAUUUAAUGAACCGUAAAAUCAGUUUCAAUUAGAGAAAGUAUAAAAAUGGAAGGAAGUGAUAAAGACACCCUAGCUGUUGCGCCUGGGGCCAGCACGGAUUCUAUAUCUGAACCAUCUUCCACCAACAGUUCGAAGGAAUCGGUAUCCCCCUCAAAAUCAAUUUGUUCAACUUCCUCGAAUUCCUCCGGAGAGCACCCUGCUGCGGCAGAGCCUUCAAAAGUUUCCUUUGAGUCAACGAAAGUUACAGUAACUGAAGAAAUACCUUUGCUUCCCGGUGAAAAGGUUCAAGGGAUAGAUGAAAAUGUGACAUACCUGUGUCCAUACAACAGACCUAUCAAAGGAACUCUUACAGUCACUAAUUACAAACUGUACUUCAAGAGUGUAGAGAGGGAAUCCCCCUUUGUUCUUGAUGUUCCUUUAGGAGUUAUUAGUAAAAUUGAGAAAAUAGGCGGAGCAACAAGUCGAGGGGAGAAUGCAUAUGGAAUUGAUCUUCUCUGCAAGGAUAUGAGGAAUAUCAGAUUUGCCCACAGGCAAGAAAACCACUCUAGGCGACAGGUGUUUGAAAAAAUCCAGCAGUUUGCUUUCCCCAUCACAAACAAACAGCAACUGUUUGCAUUUGAAUUCAAAGAAGACUAUGGCAUUGAUGGUUGGAAGGUAUAUAAUCCAGAGGAAGAAUAUAAAAGACAGGGCCUUCCUCCAGAAAGCUGGAGAAUCACCAAAGUAAACGAAAAAUAUGAGCUGUGUGACACUUAUCCUUCUGUGCUGGUUGUCCCAGCCUCCGUAUCAGAUGAGGACCUGAAACAAGUGGCCUCCCACAGAUCUCGUAACCGCCUACCGGUGCUAUCCUGGAUCCACCCAGAGAGUCAGGCCACCAUCACCCGCUCGGCUCAGCCCCUGGUGGGUGGGGCCCCGCUCCGCAGAAACCGUCAGGACGAACACUACAUACAAACCAUCAUGGACGCCAAUGCUCAGUCUCACAAACUCUACAUCAUGGACGCACGCCCGCUUGUCAAUGCACUCGCAAACAUGGCAAAAGGAGGAGGCUACGAGAGAGAGGAGUGGUACACGAAUGCUGAGAUUGCCUUCCUGGACAUACACAACAUCCAUGUCAUGAAAGACAGUCUGAGAAAGCUUCGUGAGGUUGUGUUUCCAACAAUAGACGACAGUAAAUGGCUGUCCAACAUUGAGGCCACACACUGGCUGGAUCACAUCAAGCAAAUUUUAGCAGGUGCCCUGCGCGUGGCUGACAAGGUGGAGAGUGCCAAGACCUCGGUGCUGGUGCACUGCAGUGAUGGAUGGGACAGAACUGCCCAGUUGACCAGCCUAGCCUCCUUGAUGCUGGACCCCUACUACAGAACCAUCAAGGGCUUUGAGGUGCUUAUAGAGAAGGAGUGGCUCAGCUUUGGACACAAGUUUGCCCAGCGGGUGGGGCACGGGGAGGACAGACACUCAGACACUGACCGAUCCCCUGUGUUCCUACAGUUUAUGGACUGUGUCUGGCAGAUGACCCAGCAGUUCCCAAAUGCAUUUGAAUUCAACGAGCAUUUCCUGAUCACCAUCAUUGACAACGCCUACAGCUGCUUGUUCGGAACCUUCCUCUGUAACUGUGACCAACAGAGGACAGAAAAGGGGUUGAAGCAGAAGACGGUCUCACUAUGGUCGUUCGUAAACUGUCAGGUGGAGGAGUUCACUAACCCACUGUAUGCCGCGACUCUCCAGCAACACGUGCUGUUCCCUGUGGCCAGUCUGCGAAGGAUCGAGCUGUGGACCGGAUACUACUGUCGCUGGAACCCCCGCAUGAGGCCCCAGGAACCAAUUCAUCUGAGGAAUAAAGAACUUUUAAUACUAAAGGCACAGCUCCAAAAAAAAGUAGACGAACUUCUCAAAGAGCUGGAGAAUAAAAAAGCAAAAGGAAAACUGGCCUCCCAGAACAGCCCACCCAGAAUCUCCUCGCCUAUCAAUGUAUGAAACACCACUAGCCAUUGGCUGAUUUUAGCCGAUCAAAGUGAUCAAAAACACUUGGGGCCAUUGGAAGGGAGGAACAUAGUGACAAAAGAACAGACUCUCUUUCGUUCUUUUGGACUAUAAUUGUGCAAUAUUUUGUAUGAUAUAUAUAUUUUACAUGAUAGUUAGUCUCUUAGUGUUCAAUAAAAGACAGUUUUGGCAUAUAGGAAUUUCUUCUCU